AUGAGUGCUUGGAUGGGAGACCACCAGGGAAUCCCACUUCGUGUAUUUCGGGCAAAUGGAAAAAUUAAAGAGAACCAGUUUUUUUACCCCUCUCCCCCCCCGCAGUGGGUGGCCAGCAUUGAUUUAGCGGAAAACGAAGAGGCGAGCGCCAACGUCGUGGUGAAAAUGGGCGACUCGUUCGUCGAACAAGCAGACCAGGUGACGGAAGAUGUUGGAAAGGUCCUGGGCAAAGACAAGGUGGACGCUAUCCUGUGUGUGGCCGGUGGAUGGGCUGGAGGCAGUGCCAAGGCAAAAUCUUUAUACAAAAACAGUGACCUGAUGUGGAAGCAAAGUGUUUGGACAUCAGUAAUCUCUAGUCACUUGGCUACCAAAUAUCUAAAGGAAGGAGGCCUGUUGACUCUAACAGGUGCAAAAGCCGCAUUAGCUGGAACCCCAGGAAUGGUUGGAUACGGCAUGGCCAAAUCAGCUGUCCAUCAACUCUGCCAGAGUCUCUCUGGUUCGAACAGUGGCCUCCCCACUGGCGCUACAGUUGUUGCGAUCCUCCCGGUUACCUUGGAUACUCCAAUGAACCGGACGUCCAUGCCAGAGGCUGACUUCAGCUCCUGGACGCCACUAGAUUUCAUUGCAGGAACUUUUCAUGACUGGAUCAUCAGUAAAAACCGGCCAAGCUCUGGAAGUUUGAUCCAAGUGGUAACAACUGGAGGAAAAUCUGAACUUUCACCGGCCCACCUCUGACCCAGGAGUGACAUUUGUGCAAACAGAAGUGAAGUAAUAGAGAUGUAAAACUUGCGUAGUUUGUUUGGUCAUCUUCUGUUCCUGCCCAUUAGCUGGUCUUAUUUGUGGAGCAAGGUCUACAGUUGUGUUUGUGCUAAAUGUGACCCAGUGAGACUUAAUUAUCCAAAGGUACAGGGCAUCCUGCAUUUAAUCAGAGAAACGAGUUCCAAAAUUGAUUAAUGGUCUAAUUUUGCAGAGUGAAAACCGGGAGGGAAGCAAGUGAUCUAUGUGGCUCAUGAGAGGCAAACCCCACAACUUAUGUAUUUGUAUCUGAUGUUGGUGUGCAAGUACAGAAGCACGGGGCUCGCAUCGGAGCAUUUCUGUCCUUAUUUUGUCAUUGUGUCAAGGUGACCAGGUGAGGAUGCUGUGCUGGGAAGCAUUCCUCUGUCUCUUGUAGAAAGCUUGCAUUUCUGUAAGUGGUCAUCUUGAAUGUUACCCAGGUAGAUGUCAUGCUCAAUUGUCAUAUAUUAACUCUGACCAAAGAUGCAAUCCUGUUACAGUCCUUCUUGAAUAAUCAGGACUACGUCAAAAGGUUCUAACAAAGACCAAGAACAAAACAAGGGUAUAUAUUCUCGCAUCAAGAAAGAGGUGCCUUCCCACUCAAAUGCCCUAAAUACAACCUAGACUUUAUUCCUCAUUCCCAAGUGCAUUCUGAAGUCUCUACAUGCUGUCUUUACAAAUGCAGAAAGAAAGGGAUAUUCAUAAGGGUCCAUUUAAGAUGGACACUAUUAUAAUUUGCCUUAAAAGUAAUUUAAAAAAUGUCAGUGCAGACUACCAGUUCUCUUGGCUGGUGUAUCUGGCAUAUUCCUGCUACCAUGUCUAUAAAGAAGGCUGUUGACAUUUUUUUCUCAGGGCAGAGGUGCUUCAGAUGAAUUCUUCAACCUAUACCAGUGAUGUUGCCAAGUUGUAGCUCAGUGGUUUCAAGGGCACAAGUUCCCCACCACUCCCUGGUACAGGGCAGAAGGUUUAGCCUUUGGGGUAUUUUAUUUGUGGGUCUGGAGGAAAAAUGGUGACUUUCCUAGUGACCAAUAGGAAGGGAUUGUGUUGUGUACACGCAUGAUUGCUGAUUGGCUUACAACUGCUUGGUAUUGGAACCAUUUGCUACAUGCAAAGUGUUUGGAUUUUGGCCCCGUAACGUUCUGUCUAAACCUUGUCAUUCUGGAGAUGGUCUGGCAGUUUUGUAGAAGUCAAUCUUGAAGAACAGGAAGUGUUCUAUGUUUGGAGUGUAGAAGAUUUACUUCCAGAAAACUGCUGGACCUCCUGGUAUGUUUUCUGCAAGAAUGAGAUGUUCUGGAGUUGAAAUGUUUUUCAUCUACCUAAAGCUCCCUGAGAUAAAUAACAAGUAUCUCACCCUUCGGAAGAAAUGCAGUUCUUCAUUCUUGGUCAAGCAGCUUCUUCUUUUACCUUGCUGGACAGCUGUAAGAAUCAGUGGGGUCUACCUUCCCACAAAUGACUUAAUGAGUAUUCUCCACAUAUGUACCUUCUUAAAGUGGAGCCUUAUAAGAGUGAAAUAGCCAAGAUGUUAUCACCACAUAGAAUGUGUGCUUAAUAAAUGUGCUUAACAGGGGAAAAUG